AUGGGUAUCUCAUGUGCUUUCACGCUUUUCUUUUAUGUGCUACCAAUGUGUCUCAAGUAUAUCAUUUUUACGCACAAAUACACGCCAGAACGCUCUCCGGAUUUCGUUCGGAUUGUUGCUGCAAUUAGCUGUAAUCUGAAUCCGUUGACAAAUAUUGCUGCAAUCCUGAUCCGGCACGAGGAUAUUGCAUGCUGCGUAAUGAAAAUAUUCCCAAGAAGCAUUCAAAAAUGCUUUGCACGACAAGAUCGCUUGCCAAGUAUUGCGCAUACUACUACUUUUGCUAAUCGUCGAACACUGAACACGGAAAAGUAG